AUGACGUCGACCAAUCAGCUUUUGCUGUUUGGGUUGGCCCCGCCCCCCGGGCUACUGGGCGGGGCCGAGGGGGGUCUGAGGUGCAACCAGGAGAUUGAAAGGCGGUACCAGAUCGUUCCCUCCGUGGUGUGCUCCAUGUGCUGCCUGUUUGGCAUCAUCUACUGCUUCUUCGGUUAUCGCUGCUUCAAGGCGGUGAUGUUCCUGACAGGCCUUAUGUUCGGCUCUGUGGUGAUUUUCAUGCUGUGCUACAAAGAGACAGUGAUGGACACCCAACUGAGCGUGGAGGCCUCAGUGGGCAUCGGUCUGGGCAUCGGAACCCUAUGCGGCCUGGUGACCAUGUUGGUCCGCAGUGUUGGCCUCUUCAUGGUGGGCCUCUUACUGGGCCUACUAGUAGGAGUGGCUUCACUAGUGGUGAUGGAGGAGUUCUACCACCCCAAAACGGUUUGGGUUCCCCUGGGCAUCCUACUGGGUUCGGGAACGCUCUUCGCUGUGCUCACCCUCCAAUGGCAGCGCUGCUUUGUUACAUUCUCUACUGCCACCUUUGGUUCAGCUAUCAUCACCGUCACUGUGGAUUAUUUUAUUGAGCUGUUUACCCUGGUGCACUAUAUCUACGAUAGACUCUCGGUGGCAGAAAAGAGAUCGGUCUGCUGGUUUACCUGGGUCAUCUUAGGGGUGUGGCCUGUCCUGGCCCUCCUUGGUGUGUUGAUCCAAUGGAAAGUCACUGCGGAGGGAUACUCCCACACUGAGGUUGUGAUGAGUCGACAGCAACGUAGAGUUCAGCUCAUGCGUAUCCGCCAAAGGGAGGAGCGGUUGAAGAAGGAGAAGGAGAACAAGAAGAAGAAAAAACGACAGAACCAGAAGCCCAGCCACAAGCAGAAGAACCACAACCACCAUCACCACCACCACCCGCAGUACCACCACCCGGGGGCGCCCCACCCACAUCACCGUCAAACCCAGGGGUCCCAGCCGCCCAAAGUCCCACCUCCCCAGACUGAGCCUGGCUACCACCGCAAGACAAACCCUGUGCGCCGCUUUGACGGGGAUGUGCUCUCUCCGAGCUACAUCAGGGGUUUCAGAGACAGACAGACGGACAGACGGGCCUAUUCCCAUGGUCGCAUGAUGAGCCGCUCUCGUAUGGCCGAGCUGGAUUACGACUGUGGUUCCCAAGUGCCCCUCACAGCCCCAAGCGGACCUCUGGCGCGCGUCUGA